AUGAGUUGGGCGAUGGAGCCUACAAACUUCUACGACAAUAAGCUGAGCAACGGUCUCCAGGGGGUCUGCAAACCCGGGAGAGGUGAUCACAGCACGGUCACGGGCGAGGACACCACCAUGGCCGAGCUAAGCACAGCCCCUGCAAUGUACGACGACGAGAGUGCCAUCGACUUCAGCUCCUACAUAGAGUCGAUGACAGCAGUACCACACCUGGAACUCUGCAACGAUGAACUUUUUCUUGACUUAUUCAACACUGUGAAGCAAGAGAAGACAGACUUCUACAUGCCAAGCUCGACUACGUCGUCCAGCAAUAUGCAGCAGCUGACAAACUGUUCAACCAACGCAUACGCAGUUGGAAGCCAAAAAGAGUUCGAGAGGAAGCUUAAGGCUGGAUUUGACAGCAAGGGGGUCUUCAGUGCACCGAUCAAGCAGGAAUCGGACUGGAGCGACAAUGACAUGUCCUCGUCGUUACCUUCCCAAAUCAAAACCUGCGCACAGACCUCCGUGAGCCUUCCCAUGGGACAACCAACUCCACCAACAACCCCAGAGCCCCUCUCAAGCCUCUCAGCCCACUCCUCUCCUCGGAAGGUCGGAAAGGAGAAAGGGAAAAAGAAUAUUGACAGGUACAGCCAAGAGUACCGCCAGAGACGUGAGAGGAAUAACGUUGCAGUGAGGAAAAGUAGGGACAAGGCAAAGCAACGCAACGUGGAAAUGCAGCAAAAGAUGCUUGAACUGGGUUCAGAUAAUGACAGAUUACACAAAACUAUCGAUCAGCUAACCAGUGAGCUCACUGGCCUGAGGGAAUUCUUCAAGCAGCUUCCCAAUCACAACUCCUCGUUUGUGGGGACCACGGGUGGAGACAGCCGGUGA